AAUUCUGUAAUGGAAAUUAGAUUCUGUUGCCAAGUAAAAUAAAGAUUUAUACAUUUUUUCAACACAUCAAACUACGUGUUCUGCAAAGAUUUUUUUUUUUUUUGAUGCUCACACUUCAGAAGCAUACUAGGCCACCAUGCAUGUGAAGCAUGCCCACUACCAAAGAUUUCGUCUGAACACUCCAGAGGGGGGCAGUGUAUCGCGAAGCUACCUUCCAAUAUUACAACUGAAAAUGACACUUUACAAUUCUAUGAUCACAAAACAGGUCUCUUAACGUUUAUUUUUGCAUUAAUGUUACAUUUGUGAAUCACUUAUUUUGAGGCCGAAAAAAAAUAAUGUGGCGGUGCAGGAGAUGAAGAUGUAUAAGCGGAUGUGACGUCAAAUCCAUAACAACCUCUAGGCUGCUGAUCAGGAAGAAAACUUGCUAGCAUCUACACACAAACAAUACAAUUUCGUGGUGGUUAAUCCUCAUCAUUACGAUACAUCGAGCGACAUCGGACAUUAGGGCCAGCAAGGUUGAUCAGCCCUUGGGACAUCUCUAAUUCUCCAUUCACCAUGGUGGAAUAUUACCAGAUACUAGGUGUUCGGAGAGAGAGUUCUGCCGAAGACAUCAAAAAAGCUUACAGAAAACUGGCCCUGAAGUGGCACCCCGACAAAAACCCAGAGAAUAAGGACGAGGCGGAGAGGAAGUUCAAGGAGCUCUCUGAGGCGUAUGAAGUCCUGUCAGAUGCAAACAAGAGGAACCUAUACGACCGCUACGGCAAAGAAGGGCUGACAAACGGAAGUGGUGGAGGCAGCAGUUACCACAACGGAGGCCACUUCCAUGAAAACUUCACCUUCCGGAACCCGGAGGAUGUGUUCAGGGAGUUCUUCGGGGGAGCCGACCCGUUUGCGGAAUUCUUUGGCGGCGACCCGUUCGCCAACGACCCGUUCUUCGGCGGCGGCCGGCGGCACCCCCACAGCCGCGUGAGCCGCAGCCGGACGGGCGGCCCCUUCUUCGGAGGGUUCGGCGGCUUCCCGCCGUUCGGCGCCGGCUUCUCGCCGUUUGACCCAGGCUUCGGUUCCUUCGGCGCGCUGAACUCCAUGGGUCAUAUGAGCACCAUGGGCAGCCUAGGGGGCGGCGGCUUCACCUCCUUCUCCUCCUCCUCCUUCGGCGGCGGCGGUGGCGGCGGCGGCGGCGGCGGCAUGGGCAGCUUCCGCUCCGUCUCCUCCUCCACCAAGUUCAUCAACGGCAGGAAGAUCACCACUAAGAGAAUCAUGGAGAACGGGCAGGAGCGAGUUGAGGUGGAGGAGGACGGUCAGCUCCGCUCGCUCACCAUUAAUGGUAAGGAACAGCACCUGAGACUGGAUAACAAGUAAACAGACAGAGGGGGGAGGGGGGGGGGGGAUAUGGGGGGUGGAGAUGCAGCGACCACAGGAGAUCUGUUAACUUCCUGCUCGGGUUUCACUCCUGUCUUGUCAGCAGCACAAGAGACACAAACUUGAAAAACAAAAACAAAAAAAAGCAACAACUGCUAUUUACAGUGCUGUACUAUUAUUCGGAUGUAUGUACUUGAUUGAUUUGUUUUUAUGCAUUGUUUUCCUUACCAUCUCCUCACUUAUUUAUUAUCCACUGAUAGUCAGUCCUUUUCCUUUUCGUUUUUAGGCAGUUUGUUUUCCUAUGCAUUUCUUUUUUACAUGAUGGUACUUUGAUUUGAUGCUGUCGUUAUAUUUGGCUCAGGGUGGUGUUGACAUUUUGACAAAAAAAAAUAGUUUGGGACCACAGUGUUGAUAAUAUUAUGUAUAGAAUUUAGAAAUUUCCUUCCUUAGGUCAUGUGUGAGUGUGUGUGUGUGUGUGUGUGUAUGAGCGUGUGUGUGUGUGUGUGUGUGUGUGUGCGUGCGUGUGAGUGUGUGCACUUCACUUCGUCGUGGUCUCACCAUAUUCCUUUUCCUCCGUUUUCAUCUAUAUAUCUAACUUGCUCUGUCGCUCUUUCCACCAACGGGCAUCCGGCCUUUGACCUGUGCUCAGACAACACAGUGUGCAUUCAGGAAAUUAAGCAUGAGAUUAAAAAUAAAAAAAGAUUACCAAGAUGACCUUUCCGAGAAGCUAUAAAAAAAAAAAGAUUGACCAAAUAUCUGUUUGAUUUUCCCGAGUCCCUCUCUGCUUGUCCUCUACUAAUAUCUUUUUUUUGAAGUGAAGCGAAAGCUGGUAGAAUGUGUAUGCGGUUUGAUAUGUUCUAAUUGCUAUGUGUUUUUCUUUUUUGUACCUAUUUAAUCAGCAUGUAUGUCAGUAAAUGUUGAGUCUUAAAUGUAAACGUUGCAUAACGAUGCACAUGUGGUACAAGGAAAAGUAAUGCUAUAAACAGUUUAUGGCAAUUGGAGGAAUUUUUGUGUAAUUUGUUAACCAAUAAAUAUUAAUUUUUCGCCCUGUUUUGGGCAUGUCAAAGUCUGGGUUUUGCUUGUGCGCUUUCUUUGACAUUAAUCAUUGCAUCAUUAGAGAGGCGGUUGUUUUGGGUAACAUGUGUGCUCGCUGCAACAGAAACGGCCACAGGCUGGACACUCCACCGCGUGGUAGACCUCCAUGACUGGGACUAAUGCAGUCAGAAUAAGGGGAGGGGUUGUUGGAGGAGUUGUAUUGAAAGCAGCAUAUGCGUCCCAAAUCAAUCGCUUUAACUAAAGAUUAGACAAAGGUCACUCGACUUCCAGCACUACCACACUUGUUAACAGCAAUGAAGAUCACUAUUUUGCACAAAGAUCUUAGACAUGAAUAAUAAUGUUUUAUAUUAUGAAUAAUCAAUUUGAGACUUUCUUCAAAAAUCAGCUUUUCUGCAGCCUCUCUUCUACGACAAGUAGCAUGCUAAGUGUAAACUAACCCAAAUUAAUCAGAGGAUUUCCUGCACGUUCCGCACCACUCUGCUGGGCUUAGGUACUUCCCCUUUUUUCUCUUCUCUUUGAAAUGUGUCCUUUUUUCUGUGUUAUUUUCUGCAGUUAUAUGCUAAUUAUUGUGAAAGGCAAACACUUUGAAUACACAAUGCAAGCAACUUUUUGCAAUGCAAGCCCGUAUUUUUAACCCGAAACAAACUUCCUCAUGUCCCCUUAGCUUAAAAAAGGGAAACUAUUGAAGCAUGUUCAUUUUAUGUUGCAUGUAAUUUAUAUUGAACCUGUUUCCCCGUGUAUCUGCAUGGCUGGCCACCUGCUGCAGGCCAAACAUCUUUUAUUUUAUGGGAUUAGAGGCUCUUUCUGGCAGUAGUAUUAAUUAGUACAAUUCAUACUUGGAUAAUAAUUUAGUUCAUAACUUGGUUUAUUAUAAAAAAUAUAAUAUGAAUGACUAAACAAAAUGUAAUGUAAGUAGAUAAAAGAAUGCAAACAUUUUCACUUGUACUCCCAAUCAGAAUAUUUAAUAUUUUACCCAUAACGGAAGAGUACAUCUUUGCUUUGAAAAUAUUGUUUAACACAAUGAAGAAUAUCAAGUUUCUUCCUCGAAAUACUCUCUCGAAAAGAAAAAGUAAUUUUCUUUAGUAUAAAAAAAUAAUCAUGAAGGUAAACUUGAUUUUGAGUUUGACACUCGAGGACUAUUAACGAUCUACUAGUAGCAUGAACGAUCAGCCAAUUCACCACAGACACACACACACAGACACACACACACACAGACAGACACACACACAGUCGCACACACACACGCACUGCGCGCCAGGCCGGCGGCGGCGCGGCGAGCCAGGGGCGGUGCUAAACGUGGAGCUGU